AUGGUUGCUAGACAAAAGACCAUAAGAAUAAGCGUUGUCGGCGAUUCGGGAUCAGGGAAGUCAACCCUUCUUCAGAAGCUUAUACAAUCACAUAGCGAAAAUGAAGACAUCACAGUAGAUAAAGAGGCAUUUAGAGGAAUGGUCAAACUUAGAGAUGGCCAAUCCUGUAAUCUAAAUAUACUAGAUACCGAGGAUAACGAUAAUUUGGAAGAAGCAUGCGCUGAUAUAAAUAAUGAUGUCUUAUUGUUAACAUACUGUAUCAACCAGGAUGCGAGCUACAAUAACUUGUUUUUGAGGUGUAGUGCCAUCAAAGAACAAAGGGAAAAUGGCAAGCUAUGGUCAAAAAUAUUGGUUGUUGGAACAAAAGCGGAUUGUGAGAACUCUAGGCAAGUUCCUGAAGGUUCCGGCGAGAAACUGAUGAAAUCAUUUGGCUUGGACGGAAGCAUUGAAUGUAGCAGCUUUUCAGGUUACAAUAUUAAUGAAUUGUUUGAAGAAACUAUUAGACUUGCCCUAGAAAAGCAUAAUGAAGAUGAGGAAAGAGGCUUAACCAAUGCUAACGGGACUUUGGAAAAGUCCGGAGAUGAAGGAGAAGGAAGCACUAAGAAUCAUGAUGCCAGCCAGGCUGCGGUUUAUGUGGAUAAUGGACAAGUGUGUACUUGUUGUGCAAUAAUGUGA